GACGUCCGAAGAGGUUCUGCACAGUCGUUCGGCUGUGGCCACGAUGCGAGAGGGUGUCGUUAAGGGAGGUCACUGGACGUUCGUGCAAGCUCCCGUUCUUGGCGAUGAUGAAGGCGAAGAAGAACCCGUGGUGGAAGCUCGGGUUCAUGGCGAUGAGAAAGGCGGAAGACCCGUGGUGGAAGGCCGUGAGAUGACGGUCGGCAUCCAGAUGGAUCCACAGCGGAAAGAUGAUGAUUCUUCGCUCAUCCGUUGCGUUGAAAAACAGGGUGAUCGAGCGUCAGUCCUCAGUAUCGGUCGGGAAAUGGUAGUUCAUGAAGCCAUCGAGUUGGGUAAUGACUCGGCUGCCACCGAGCUGGUUAGCGACUCAGGCGUGGCCGAGGUGCACAACGUCGAAUCCUCCGUGGAAGGCGGUGAGGUGGCCGUUAGCGUCAAGAUGGAUCCUGAGCGGAAAUAUCAUGAUUCUCCGUCCACCCGUUGCGGUGAAGAACAGGGUGAUCGAGCAUCUGUUCUCAGUACCGGUCGGAAAAUGGUACUUCAUGAAGCUAUCGACUUGCCUAGCGACUCAGCUGCCACCGAGCUGGUUAGCGACACAGCCGUGGCCGAAGUGCAGAACGUCGAAUCCUCCAUGGACGUUGGCGCAGUGGCGCGACAGCAGGGCGAUUUCCUUCAAAGGGCGCCCGACCACGGUAAGAUUUGUGAAUAGGAGCACUCGCAUAUCUGACACUAGCCAGCUCUGUGU